GUAUAUAUGAGAGAAAGUGUACAGAAAAGCACUCAAUUAAAAAAGCAAGUUCCGAUCUAUUUCGUGUCAUUAGUCUUUGUUAAUUUUUCCAUAACUUUACAUGGAUAGCAGUUAAACAGUUCAAAAUCAUCUGAAAUCAGGGGCUUCUUUAGGAGUAUGGUCAGGGCAAAAGUAAUUUCCUCAGUAGAUGUUAAUCAUUAUUAGCAUUGUGAAAGUAGUUAGUACAAGUUCAUGUUUGUAUUUGCAAAUCAUAGAUGGGAUGUGGCUCAACAACAUGCGGAAGAUCCAUACAAAGUGAAUCCUGCUUCCAAUAACUGACAGCCUGCCAGCUCCACUGCUUCAGACAGGUCGAAUAACAUACAGGACACAUAUGACACUGACCAGCACUAGAGUAAGCUGCCCUGCUGAUUCUUGCUGCCAAUACUUGGAACAUGGUGAUGCGAUUUGGUCAGACCCAAUGCAUAAUAAAUUUGGACAGCAUGUGGAUCAUCCUGAAAUUGUAAAAUUCAAAUUCUAAUUGUUCCACAUGAAGAAUCAUGGAUUAUGAAGUCAAUGUUCCUUGCUAGCAUAACACGCAUCGACCAGACUAGCCUCCAUGGAAAGCUUAAUGAUGAUCUCAUGAUCCAAACUUAACAUUAAACAACGCACCCGUGCAAAUGCUUUUGCCCCUGCUAAUCGAGACAAGAUAUGAUGACCAUAACAAAAAAAAAUGCCUCAUCUUGUCAUGGAGAUAUGAUGCUUUGUUGCAGUAGCACGGAACCUCAUUAUCAAUGAGAUUCUUGAUGUCUGCAAGGUCAGAGAUGCCACUUCUUUGGCUAGUUCCAUUAUAUAUAGAGGCAAACCAGAGCCAAGAAUACACCAUCACUACAGUUUCUCUUCUGCUCUCUUCUCCUCCAUUCUUAGAGGAAAACAAAGCACUUCAUCUUCCACUACAGCCAUGGCUUACCACCUCAGAUCUGCUAGCUUGCCCUCCAGUCCUCGCUCCAACCAAAUUGAUGUCGAUGAGAAGCUCCAAAGCGUGAAGAGAACAGUCUCCUCAUCGUCUGUGACCAUUGAAACUAUGUGUGAUGGUUUCAGAAAUCUUGGAGAAGUCUACAACUGCAUUGCUGAGCUCGCGUGCUUACCCAGCAGCCAAGUUACAAGACAGAGGGGAGCAGUAGAGCAAGAGCUGGAGCACUCACUUGUCUUGCUCGAUCUUUGCAACACCAUGCAAGAGAGCUUUGGAGAGCUCAAGACAACCAUCAUGAACAUGCAGAUGGCUCUCAAGAGAGGAGAAGAUGCAGGAGUCCAAGUCAUGAACCAUUCCUACAUCAGGUUGGCCAAGAAAGCGCAGAAACAAUUCAAGAAGAUCAGCAAGAAGUCCACUGCAGCUGAUCACGAAAACUGCAGGAUCAUCAAGCUAUUGUCUGAAGCCAGAGAGAUUGCCAUCUCCAUGCUAGAAAUGUCAUCAUGUCUCUUGAUGAAGCAAAUUGUGCCGAGUUCUAGCAAGUGGUCUCUUGUCUCCAAGACAUUCCAGAAGAGGAGAGUUGUGUGUGAGGAGGAGCAAUUGCAGGAGUUGGAGCUGGACAUUGUUGAUCUUGAGAGCGGAGUUGAGGCUUUGUUCAGGACAUUGAUCCAGAGCAGAGUUUCUCUUCUGAAUACUCUUAGCUUCUAGAUAGAUCAUGCAACCAAGUCUGACGCCCCUGCGAUUAGCAUCCGCCUUUUAGAGGAUCUGCUGAUCAUGAAACAAAUUUUUGAUGUAUAUAUGACACAAAGUGUACAGAAAAAACUACUCAAUUCUGAAGCAAAGUUUCUGGUC